AUGUCUGAAUCCUAUAUUCUUCAUGAUGUUAUGCGCAAAGUUAAAGCAGAUGGACUAUUUGAUUCAAUUCGCCGUGAUUUAAUAUCAGAUAUUGAACAAAAGUCAUCAUAUUUAGAUUUAAAAUCUCAAAUCGAAUCUUUAAUGUCAUCAUAUCUCGCCGAACAUAAAUGGAGUUCAUCAUUGAAAAAAUCUGAUAUACGCGAAAGAGCACGCCGUCAUAUAGAAACAUCAAAUUUAAUCAAAGAUGCAUUACCAUCGCUUGUUAAUCAAUGUAUGCAAACAUGCCAACAACAACUAGUCCAACCACGUCUAUCAUCGUUUGUAUCUGAUCAUAUUGAGCAUGUUUAUAAUUCCAUAGGCGGAGCUCAUAUUUUUCGUCCAUCAACAUCAUAUACACAAUCAACUACAAUUUCACAAGAACCUUCCAAUCAAGAAAAACCAUCACAAUCAAUUAGUCCAGAAAACGUUCCUAAGAAAUCAAAUCCAAUUCCUAAACCAUCAAAUCCAAUUGUCAAGAAAGUGUCAUCGUCAUCAUCCGUGCCAAAUAAACCUACUAGACCAUUGCUAAAUCCAACAAAUUCUGUUAGAGAAGAAAAAAAACCUCGUGCUGUAUCACCAUUACAUUCGCCAAAUGAAUUAAUCGAUAUUUCUCCAUCGCCACCAUCGAUUGAUAAUGAACCUACAAUCGUAUCGUUAAGUCCAUCGCCUCCGCCUCCUGUUGUUCGUAUUGCAUCACCGUUAACUGUUUCAAAAACUAAAGAAACUCCUCGCAAAAAGAAACACUCACAAGAACGGAAUGGUGAGAGUUCAACGAACAAUAUCAAAAAGAAAAAGAUUAAAACUGAUGAUAAAUCACCUUCGGAUGGCAAAUCGGAUGAUAUUAUAUCAAUACCGACACCUAAGGAAAAGGGUACUCGAAAACUGCGAGCUCGUCGACCGAAUCCAAAAUAUUCAGCAGAACAAUUUGAAACAGGUUUUAGUGAUAUUGAAAUCAUAGAACCAUCAUCGCCGCCACCACUGUCCUCACCAUCUGCGAUGUCUAAACCAAAGAGAAAUCGUUCAUUAAAAUCAUCAACGAGUUUUGAACAAGAACAACUCGAUACACCAUCAUCUCCUUGUACAACUUCAGCACUUAAUGAAACAGCAACAUCGGUAGGUGACAUAUCACCUGAAUAUGAAACAUUAGUUCCUUCACCUGUAAUGGAACAACAACCACCAGCGCCACAAGAACAAUCUGAAAAAAUUGAUGAACGAUCCAGAACACCAUCACCAACAAUAGUAAAUAAGAAAAAAUCAGCAUCGCCAAGACGUCUUCGUCCAAGAAAACAAAAUGAACGUUCUUCAACGGCCGACAAUCAAAAUGAGACAACUACUACUACUACUACUGAUGUUUCAACACGUACAUCUACUAAAACUCGUGAAAGUAGCCGUCAAAAGACAGAACAAACAAGUCAACAAUCUAGUCAUGAUGAUACUGAUGUUCAACCAGCAACAAAAAAAACUCGACUCGCAUCAUCGUCAUCAGCAACUAGUGAUGUUAGUUCUAAAGAUGCACCAAAUCGAUCGAUUUCAGUACCAGAAAAUCUUAACACAGCAACAGAUGAAACACAACCUACACGUGUAUCACCAUCACCAUUGGGUGCUCCUGUUUCGAAAUCAUUUAUUUGGAAGCCUAAAAUAUCUAAAUAA